AUGGAAUUAUCCGCCGCUCUCCUCGGCCAACGUUUGGCUCAAACGAUUAAAAGGGAACAACGACUGAAAAUAGACGCUGAAACGUAUUGGUCCGAUUCGUCUACGGUACUUCGUUGGAUUUACUCAACCCAUUGCCGUUACCACACUUGGGUAGCCAACCGAGUGGGCGAGAUUCUCACUCUGACGGAGGCCAAACAAUGGCGACACGUACCGGGCGUCUUAAACCCGGCCGAUGAUUGUAGCCGUGGCGUCGAAGCAGUUUGUCUGACGGAAGACAACCGCUGGUGGACCGGUCCAACCUUUCUCCGACAACCCAAAACCAGCUGGCCAGCCAUGCCGGAACAUUUCGAGCCGCCGGACAACGACCCCGAAAUUAACCAUUCAAAAUUUGUAGGAUCAACUUUGGCUCAAGAAUCUCAUCCUCUUCAUUCACUGAUUCAAAAGAACUCAAACUUGUGUCGGUUAAAAAGGAUUAUCGCCUGGGUCCUCAGAUUUAUCCAUAAUCGUUCCGUUCCAGCCGAAGAAAAAAGAUUAAAACCUUACGCCCUGAUUCCCGAGCUGAGAGAAGCUGAAGUCAUCCUCGUUCGACUAGCCCAACGAGAAAGCUACAAAGGGGAGUACCGAAAUCUGGAAAAGGGGAACGAGAUAAAGCCUGAUUCACCUAUAAUCACUCUGACUCCAUUCUUCGACUCGAAGGCAAAAAUAAUCCGCGUAGGUGGUCGUCUAGGCUACUGCAAUUUCCCGACGGAUAUCAAACAUCCGAUAUUGUUGCCCUCGAACCAUCACGUCACAAAUCUCAUCGUGCAACAAGCCCACUUACUCCUCCGUCACGCGACCGCUGAAAGAACGCUCGUUGCUGUACACAAAAAAUACUGGAUUCCCCGAGGCAGAACUUCCGUCAACAGCAUAAUAAGAAAAUGUUUUGACUGUAAUAGAUUCAGGGCGAAGCCGGACAUUCCUUUGAUGAGCCCUCUCCCAGCCCACCGUCUUCAAGACGAUCGUCCCGCUUUUUCUAACACCGGGAUCGAUUAUUUUGGGCCUAUUGUUACUACUGUCAGGCUACGAAAGGAGAAACGAUGGGGAAUCAUUUUCACCUGUCUGGUAUCUCGAGCAGUGCAUUUUGAAAUGGCUUAUUCCCUGGACACGUCAUCAUUCCUCCUGACCUUUUGGAGAUUUUCACGUCGAAGGAUUCGGCCCGAUGUAGUAUACUCGGAUAAUGGAACCAAUCUGACAGCCGGUGAAAAGGAACUUAAGGCCGGUCUUGAACGCCUGAAUCAAACCAUCAUUGCAGAGGAACUCGGCGCCCAGAACAUCGAGAGGACGUUUUCCCCCCCUUCCGCCCCACACUUCGGCGGGGCAUGGGAAAGCUUCAUUAAGACGGCCAAAGAUGCUCUGUGUUUCAUCCUUCAGGACCAUUCCUUCCCGGACGAAGUUCUCAUCUCAUCUUUAGUCGAAGUGGAGUCCAUUAUGAACGACCGUCCCAUAGGCAGAUGCUCCACGGAUCCAAACGACCCGGCCGUCUUAACGCCUAAUCAUCUUCUCCUGGGCCGAGCAAAUCCUAGCCUCCCGGCUGAUGUGAUUUACGAGUUCAAUCCAACUUCUCGUCAGCGAUGGAGGAACGCUCAGAUAAUCGGGGAUCAUUUCUGGCGAAGAUGGACCGCCGAGGUAGUUCCCUCUCUACUAAGAAGAAAAAAGUGGUUUGCUGAUCGUCGACACAUACAAGAAGGAGACCUGGUGCUCGUCAUCGACCCGAACGCUCCAAAAGGGCGAUGGCCCAUCAGCCGUGUCGACGAAGUUUACCCUGGGAAAGACUGA